UUUUUUUAAUUUACCACGCAACGUGGUGCAGCGUGCCACGAGUUGCCUGCCGUGCAGGGGGAUCAUGUCCCUGUCCAACCCCUUAUCCCAUGGGUUGUUGAAGGACCUUGGCAAACUCUCGGAGUUGAAACAACGAGGACUGAUUCUUGACCGUCACUUCGAGACGAUAAAGGCACAUGUGAAGGCGGGCAACUCCGUUGCGAAGGAGCGAUGGGACGCAAUCGAGAACGCAUGGGGGCUGAAGCAGACGGGUGUCUUCAACGAAGAAGAGUGGAUCACGCAGAUUGAUGGAGAGGCCCAGGGUAUUACCAGCAGCACCCGUCCGUCGUUUUUAACGCCACAAGAUGCGGGCGGCGCGCGAGGUGCACCGUCUUCGCACCCACCGCCUGCUACUGCUGCGGCUGCCGGGAAGAGAAAGGUCGCAGAUCGGUGGAAGCAAGCCAGGGAUCGAGCUGCCCAAGGUGUUCUAGGUGGCAACAUCAUCAACGCGUUCGCUCGUGGCAGCGGAAAACCGAUUGAGCGGACUCGCGGUGGUGUCACAGAGCAUGUGUCCGGUAUCAACUUCCCACCUCCGGCCCCGGAGCGGCGCAUACCGUGCCCUCACUGUCCCAUGACCUUCGUGAACGAGCAAGGACUUGGGAUCCACGUGAAAACACAGCACAGCAAUGCAAACAUGUCCAACGGCUUGCGGCUGCAGCGGAUGCUAGGGAAGACUCCCAAAGGGUAUGUUCAGCCGUGGGGAGAAGCCGGGCCUGGACGUUGUUGGCACGUGAAGGUCGAUGGUGCGACGGGGGCGGCUUCGUUCGUCCUCCAACGGAAGCGCUUCCGCGAUCUCGACUUGGAAAGCGACGGCUUUACGGACCGCAAAGUCAAGGAGACUCGUGGAGCUGUGAAGCGCAAGCGAUACGAUUUCAGGUUCAAAGCCCAUGUUGUGACCCAGCUGCGCCUCCUCCAGGAAGACGCCGCAGACCUCUUCAAGGAGGAGCAGCUCACGCCUCUCCAGUACUUAGAGGACCGUCUCAAGGUUAACUACAGCCUGAUCGUGAAGUGGGCUCAGGACGAGGCCAAUAUAGUCCAAUCGGCAGCAGAUGACGUGAAGAAGACCCUCCUUGCCAAACAGCAGCCAAAGCGGUGGUUUCCUGAGGAAGAGAAGAAGCUGUACAAUAUGUUCUUGGCGCGGCGGAGGAGGAAGCUGAAGGUGUCGACCCUGUGGCUGACGGUCACGUUCCGGAAGCUCGUGCAAGAGAAUCACCCUGAGGACCAACGGGCGGCGGCGUUCAGCGCGUCCUUCAGGUGGGCACGAAAAUGGGCAAAGAGGCAUAAGCUGUCCAAACGGCGCAGGAGCAACCUCAAGAACAAGUCUGUUGAAGAGCGCCUACCAAAGAUCCAGCGCUUCCACCGGCGGUUUCGCAAGCUCCUGCAAGAGCCGGUACGGUACAGGGCACCCGAGGCAUCGGACGUGUCGGCGAUGUCGACGGUCGCGGAGGGAGAGUCCAGAGAUCCCAAGUACGGUCAGUUCCAGCUCUGGGAGCGUUGGAAUGUGGAUCAAGUGCCUUUGCCAUUCGUGAACGGGCUGAUCAGCACGUGGGAGAAGACAGGCGCGUUGCGUGUAGCCAUCUCGCAGCCCUUUGCUGGCCUAGAGAAAAGGCAGUGCACCAUGCAAGUCAUCUUUGGUCCGGGUGAGAAGACUAUGCGGAUUUCGGUGAUUUUCCGAGGCCAGGGGAAGCGGAUUUCGCCGGUGGAGAAAGCCGCGUACCACAAGGACGUGGACGUGUUUUUCCAGGAGAAUGCGUGGGCGGACCAAAAGUUCUGCAUGGAGUGGGCCAAGAGGUCGUACCGCGAAGGCCUGAUCCGCGGGCGGGGUGAGCUCCCCAAGGCGAGGUCCAUUCUGAUAAUGGACAACUUGCACGCGCAGACCACGGACGAGUUCAAGGGGUAUCUUGCGAAGCAGUGCAACACUAUCGCCUGGCUUGGCCCUGCGGAGUGCACGGACGAGGUGCAGCCAGUUGAUGCAGGAGCCGGACGAUUUCUCAAGGUGGAAGUUGGUAACGAGAUGGACAAGUGGCUCGAUCAGUCGGACAACAUCGAGAGGUGGGAAACCGCGUCGCUGACAGCAUCUGACCGGCGCGUACUGAUCACUCAAUGGACGGGAGCGGCCAUGGCAAAACUCAACAGCAAUCAGGGGUACCGACACCGCCUUUUCGAAAAGUGCGGGAUGGCGAUGACCGUGGACGGCUCAGGCGAUGAUCGAAUCACCUUGGAGGGUUUGGACCAGCCGUACACCUUCGCAAACGAUGAAGACUCCAGCGAGAACGAAGGAGGUUCGGCGGACGGCAGCGAUGGGCCCGUNAAGUGCGGGAUGGCGAUGACCGUGGACGGCUCAGGCGAUGAUCGAAUCACCUUGGAGGGUUUGGACCAGCCGUACACCUUCGCAAACGAUGAAGACUCCAGCGAGAACGAAGGAGGUUCGGAGGACGGCAGCGAUGGGCCCGAGGGGCGGGAGGAGGAAAGCGCCGGAAGGCGCGAGCCGGUCGUCGGGGAUGAGCGCAACGGUGCCAACAGCGGGGAGGGCAUGGAGGGCGCUGGAUACAGCGAUGAAGACGACGACAACAUGUCUCAAUCCCAGACCAACGAGCUAGCUCUUUUGGACGAGGACGACAGCAUGGACCCAGACGACCCGGAGGACGAGACGCAAGGAAUGGAGAUCCCGGCGGGCUUUCGCCUUCAAGAAUCUACCCCCGCUGCUCUUGACAGAUUGCUUUUGCAACGUGGAGUGUUUGUUCGGCUGGGCAUGGGGUGGUUCGGUGGGUUGAUCAUUCAGCAAUCUCCGCAGCGCCACCUGUACGACUACUGUGUGCAGCUGGAUGUAGACCACAGUACGCGCAAUAUGAAGCUGCCCUUAGACAAGUACAGCGGAGAUCCGGACGCGGCGGUAGGCGCAUGGAUUUUGCCUAAGAGCGUCAGUAGGACGGGAAGGGUACGCACCCCCAACGUCACUCUUGUGGACCAAGACGGUUGACAGUUGCCCCAUGGGGGGUGUUUGCGGGUAUGAUACUCUGCGUCGAGUGCAGUUGAGUAGUGCACCAAUUGAGCAAUCGAUGAUGAAAUAAGAACAAGAACACCGUUUCUGGAGACAACUGGACGACGAAAUAAGAACCUGGCAAAUAAGAUCUUGUGCUCGGCUUGGGGCAGCCAACAAGAAGCGAGCCUCGCUCCAAAUAAGAGGUUCUUAAGUGCGGGCCGGUUCUGUAUU